GUGCUCGUCCCACCGCCCAGUCCAUGGGGACCCCGAGGGACCGUCCCGCCCGCGGAGACCCCGAGCUCUGCUAGAAGCACAGAGAUCCAGCUGUCAUCGAUAUCUAAGGAGUCCUCCUCUUCCUCCUCCUGCUGCUGAUCUACCACCACAGUUGCUAGUUGUCACUAAGGUCAAGGUCGUUUCCCUGUAACAUGCGCACCCUGUUUAUACCUCCAUCUGGACAAGUGAGCCUAAGCUAGGAACCUACCUGUCUUGGACAACCGUUUCCAUCACCACCCAGGGGACACCAAACCUCGUGACACGAAGUCCGUCUUCUACUUGGUUCCCCCAUCUUCUUCCUCUUCUCACUGACAGGCCUUGUACAGAAGAAAGGCUCAAGGCUGGCGUUGCGACCCUGACAAGUUAUUGUCACUGUUUUUUAACUGGGCCCUCAGAGAAGCAAGAAGCAGGAAAAGGCGGGGACCAGAAAACAAGAGACAUUGGUCAGUUGAGGGGAGACGCCUCAUCUUCUCUGGUUGAGGGGCUGGGGACCACAGGCAACAUGACGAACCCGACAGGACAUUCUUUGCCCGCCAACUCUACACCUGAGAGCCUCGAUGGGGACUAUGGCUUCACAUUAAUGGAGUUGAGGAAACUCAUGGAACUGCGUGCCGCUGAUGGAUUGACCCAGAUCAAUGUCCACUAUGGCGGGGUACAGAAUAUCUGCAGUAGACUGAAAACCUCCCCUGUGGAAGGUCUUUCUGGGAACCCUGCUGAUCUAGAGAAACGUAAACUUAAGUUUGGACAGAACUUCAUUCCCCCCAAAAAGCCCAAGACCUUCUUAGAAUUAGUAUGGGAAGCCCUUCAAGAUGUCACGCUCAUCAUCCUGGAGAUUGCCGCCAUCGUCUCCCUCGUCCUGUCCUUCUAUCGCCCCCCUGGUGGCAACAAUGAAGUGUGUGGGGAAGCCUCAAGUAGCCCAGAAGACGAAAAUGAGGCCGAAGCUGGCUGGAUCGAGGGCGCUGCCAUCCUGUUCUCAGUGAUCAUCGUGGUACUGGUGACGGCCUUCAAUGACUGGAGCAAGGAGAAACAGUUCCGGGGACUCCAGAGCCGUAUUGAGCAAGAACAAAAGUUCUCCAUCAUUCGGAAUGGUCAGCUCAUCCAGCUCCCUGUGGCUGAGAUCGUAGUGGGCGACAUCGCCCAAAUCAAAUAUGGUGACCUGCUGCCUGCAGAUGGGAUCCUGAUCCAGGGAAACGAUCUGAAGAUUGACGAGAGCUCUCUGACAGGGGAAUCAGACCAUGUCAAGAAGUCCCUGGACAAAGACCCCAUGUUGCUCUCAGGGACUCAUGUGAUGGAAGGCUCUGGCCGGAUGGUAGUGACUGCUGUGGGGAUCAACUCCCAGACGGGAAUCAUCUUUACUCUCUUAGGGGCCAGUGAGGAGGAUGAGGAAGAGAAGAAGAAGAAAGGUAAAAAACAAGGAGUCCCUGAAAAUCGCAACAAAGCAAAGACCCAGGAUGGAGUGGCCUUGGAAAUCCAGCCACUCAAUAGCCAGGAGGGGACUGACAAUGAGGAGAAGGAAAAGAAGAUGGCCAAGAUGCCCAAAAAGGAGAAGUCGGUGCUCCAGGGCAAGCUGACGCGCUUAGCUGUUCAGAUUGGAAAAGCCGGUCUGAUCAUGUCAGCUAUCACAGUUGUUAUCCUGAUUCUGUACUUCGUGAUUGACAACUUCGUCAUACAAGGCAGACCAUGGCUACCUGAAUGUACUCCCGUCUACAUCCAGUACUUCGUCAAAUUCUUCAUCAUUGGUGUCACUGUAUUGGUGGUGGCUGUGCCAGAGGGGCUGCCACUGGCUGUCACCAUUUCAUUGGCCUACUCUGUGAAGAAAAUGAUGAAAGACAACAACCUGGUGCGGCACUUAGAUGCUUGUGAAACCAUGGGCAACGCCACCGCCAUUUGCUCUGAUAAGACAGGAACGUUGACCAUGAACCGCAUGACGGUGGUACAAGCUUACAUUGGGGGCACCCAAUACCGUCAGAUCCCAAGCCCCGAGGUCUUAGCACCCAGGGUCCUGGACCUUAUUGUCAAUGGCAUUUCUAUCAACAGCGCUUAUACAUCUAAGAUUUUGCCUCCAGAGAAGGAGGGAGGUCUGCCACGGCAGGUGGGCAACAAAACCGAAUGUGCUCUGCUGGGCUUUGUCACCGACCUGAAGCACGAUUACCAGGCUGUGCGUAAUGAGGUGCCGGAGGAGAAGCUCUACAAGGUGUACACCUUCAACUCCGUGCGCAAGUCCAUGAGCACUAUCAUCCGGAAACCCAGCGGGGGCUUCCGCAUGUUCAGCAAGGGCGCCUCUGAGAUCAUCCUGCGCAAGUGUAAUCGAAUCCUGGACAAGAAAGGGGAAGCACUGCCAUUCAAGAAUAAGGACCGAGAUGACAUGGUACGCACUGUCAUUGAGCCUAUGGCCUGUGAAGGGCUCCGGACGAUCUGCAUAGCUUACCGGGAUUUCGAUGAUGUAGAACCCUCAUGGGAUAACGAGAAUGAGAUCCUCACAGAACUGACCUGUAUUGCAGUGGUGGGCAUUGAAGAUCCUGUGCGUCCAGAGGUUCCAGAAGCUAUUGCCAAAUGCAAACGAGCUGGCAUUACUGUCAGAAUGGUGACAGGUGACAACGUCAACACAGCCCGGGCCAUUGCCACCAAAUGUGGCAUUCUGACAGCUGCAGAUGACUUCUUGUGCUUAGAAGGCAAAGAAUUCAACAGACUCAUCCGCAAUGAGAAAGGCGAGGUCGAGCAAGAAAAGCUGGACAAGAUCUGGCCUAAGCUCCGGGUGCUGGCGCGAUCUUCUCCCACUGACAAGCACACCCUGGUGAAAGGCAUCAUCGACAGCACUGUUGGAGAACAGCGACAGGUGGUGGCUGUCACUGGGGAUGGCACCAACGACGGGCCUGCCCUGAAGAAAGCAGAUGUUGGCUUUGCCAUGGGCAUUGCAGGCACAGAUGUAGCAAAGGAGGCAUCUGACAUCAUCCUAACAGAUGACAACUUCACCAGCAUCGUGAAAGCAGUGAUGUGGGGACGCAACGUCUAUGACAGCAUCUCCAAGUUCCUGCAGUUCCAGCUCACUGUCAAUGUGGUGGCUGUGAUUGUGGCCUUCACAGGAGCCUGCAUCACUCAGGAUUCCCCCCUGAAAGCCGUGCAGAUGUUGUGGGUUAAUCUAAUCAUGGAUACUUUUGCUUCACUGGCCCUGGCCACAGAGCCCCCCACAGAGUCUCUGUUAAAGCGUCGCCCCUAUGGCCGGAAUAAGCCUCUGAUCUCGCGUACUAUGAUGAAGAACAUCUUGGGCCACGCGGUCUAUCAGCUUGCUGUCAUCUUUUUCCUUGUCUUUGCUGGUGAGAAAUUCUUUGAUAUUGAUAGUGGGAGGAAGGCCCCGCUGCACUCCCCGCCCAGCCAGCACUACACCAUUGUUUUCAACACCUUCGUGCUGAUGCAGCUCUUCAAUGAAAUCAACUCCCGCAAGAUCCACGGUGAGAGGAACGUCUUUUCAGGCAUCUAUCGCAACCUCAUCUUCUGCUCUGUGGUCCUGGGCACAUUCAUCAGCCAGGUUCUUAUUGUGGAAUUUGGGGGUAAACCCUUCAGUUGCACCAAGCUCAGCCUGUCCCAGUGGUUGUGGUGUCUCUUAAUUGGGAUUGGAGAACUCCUGUGGGGCCAGAUCAUCUCUGCGAUACCUACUCAGUCUCUGAAGUUCCUGAAGGAGGCUGGCCAUGGCACUACCAAAGAGGAGAUCACCAAGGACGCUGAGGGGCUGGAUGAGAUUGACCACGCUGAAAUGGAGCUGCGCCGAGGCCAGAUCCUCUGGUUCCGGGGCCUGAACCGUAUCCAGACGCAGAUUGAAGUUAUUAACACAUUCCAGACGGGAGCCUCUUUUAAGGGAGUCCUAAAGCGGCAGAACAUGGGUCAGCACCUUGAUGUAAAACUCGUUCCUAGCUCAUCCUAUAUCAAAGUGGUCAGAGCAUUCCAUAGUUCCCUCCAUGAAAGCAUUCAGAAACCCAAGAACCAAAACUCCAUCCACAACUUCAUGACCCACCCUGAAUUCACCAUAGAUGAGGAGUCGCCACGAACACCACUGUUGGAUGAGCAAAAGGAAGAAGACCUUGAAGAUGUUUCUGAGACUGGGACUACGGUGCACUCAUUGGAAGAUGAGGUCACUGCACGUGCUAACCAAAACAACAAUGUGGUGGAUUGCAACCAAGUGCGAAUUGUUCCCUCCCAUUCAGACAACCCUCUACAAAACCUGGAGACAUCGGUUUGAACUUUCAUUCUCUGACUCCCACCCCUGUUGUCCCUAUUUUCCUCUUCAUCUGUCCCAUCUAUGAGGUGAUGAUGGGACUCUCACUGUCAUGUCAACUGCUCCUAAGUGUGUGAGACCCUUCCCCCUACCUGACUAUGAAGAAGCAAGAACACAGACCUGCAGAGAUUUCAACUUAAACUUGAGUUUGUAGCAGGACCCAAGCAGGUAAUUGUAGAAUCUGUUCCUUGGGGCAUCAGUUGUCAUUUGUAAAGGAACGUGGCCAGUCCUCCUGGCAUCAGCCCAUCCCAAAUUCUCCCCAGUGUUCGUACAUGUCAUCAUCUCCCACCUUCUGGAUUUUAUCCUCUGAGGCUCUACCAUUUGUAAGCUAGGGCUUUAGAGAGAGCUAAAUGUCCACAAAUGAAAUUUGUUGAUGCAAGGAUAGAAUGUAUAUGUCAGCCAGUAUAGUGAUGGUUUUAAAAAAGCUUUUCCUGUUUUGAAAACUUACACCUGAAGGCCUCUAGCUUUUUCUGCACCUGGUGUUCUUUGGUCUUUUGUGACCCUGUCAUCCAUCCUUUCACUUUUCUAAAAAUUGCGAUAAUUAAGAGAAUGAAAGGGACUUGAUUCAACUUUGACCAUCCUCCUUUAGGGCCUCAAUGGAACCCUUGACUUGGUUCUAGAGGCAGAUGGGUUUCUUUGCUAAAAGAGUCCUUUUGAGGCCAUUAGUAGCUGAUGAGAAUGUUUCCUCUUGUUGCCAAGUUAGCGUCUGCUUCUAGACUGCCAUCUUGCCAGGUGUAUGUGGUCUUUAUGUGCCAGAGAGAUCACUCUUGACCAUGCAGCUUAACGUGUGUAAUACAAGUGCAUGCAGUUUUUGCUAUGGGCCUGAGCAUCUUUCUGUUCCAAAAGAAUGCAUUUGGUAUGGCCCUGCCUGCUAACUCAUCCUGGAGUUUGAGGACCAGAAGCUGGCAGGCCUGGGACAAGACAGACCAUCAAAUCAGACUUAUGGGGUCCUCCUUGGGGUAACUGCUGCUUUCAAAGCCAUCUCCAGGGCUCCUCCGGGAUAAGACCUGAUUGUUGAGGGAGUGUUGAGAAGCCAAAGAGCCACUCUGGCUGGAUCUAAGGAAACCCCCCUGCAGGCUCUAUAAACCUUGAGCUUAGGUGCUUGGGUCCCCAGCUUUGACCUUCUCUUCAGUUUCCUAAUUCUCCUCUUUGCAAGGUCCAUAGUUUGUUCAGACUCAGAAUGUUCCAGCCUUUUGUGAACAUUCUGAUUUUGUAGAUACAAGUAGGGGGGAGGUGCCAUGGCAUUGCACACAGACUCAAGGAGGAAAACCCAGGCCCUGGACAGCACCCCCCCCCCAUCCACCUUGAGUGUUCUCUUUGCAGCGUGCUCCAGCUGCCGACCAUGAGAGCCCUGUGCCAUCUUUCCCUUCUUGCCCCACAUCCACCUGCUUCUCAGGACUUGGGGACUCAGCUAAGACUUCCUGGGACAAGGUGGAACCACAUUAGCAGGAGCUUCGUGUUAUCCCUGCUGGUACUAAGCUCUCUUGUGAAGGUGAAGCUAAGGGAAGUCCCCAAUUCCCACCUCCCAUUAGACCAGCAAAGCCAGCCCCCUCUUCCAGAGUGUUGGGACUAUGGAGGAGGCAGUAAGGCCCUUAGGAACUGCCACAUUGCCACUUGAGAGAGGAAGGUGACCUGAACCUACCCAUCCAGGCUUUUCUUCCAGACCCAUCCUCCCUCGCCCCUUGCACCUGAGCUGUCCUAGGUUAAGAAGAAUAAAAUACAAUACACAAUCUGUCAUUAUAGGAAAACAACCUUGAUUUUGGUGUUGUGAGUGUUACAUGUUUCAGCAAUCUUUUCUUUGUCUUAAAUACUCAUGGGGAAAAAAACCAGCUUACCCAAGGUGUGAAGUGUUCACACACAUACUUAUUAAGUACAUUGGAAGAUUUAAUUCUGUCACGUCUUUUAUUACCUCAGAUCAUUUAAAGAAGCAAGCCAAUACCAAGCUUUGGAGGCCAUUUUACCAUUCCUGCCCCCAAAAGACUCUCAUGGUGCCAGACAGGUUACUCCUGAGGUCUUGUGUCUACUUUUUUAAAGUCAACGGUGUGUGUGUGUGUGUGUGUGUGUGUGUGUGUGUGUGUGUGUGUUCUAGUUUCCAUAGAGAGAAAAUAUAGAAAUAUUAUGCAAAAAUAUAGUUUUCUUUAGAUCAGAAACUGAUAUUUUUGAGUCAGCCAUAUGUAUUUUCUUUGAAGGGUUUAAAAUAAAAGUAAGCACCGUCAUGUAAGCCUGUGGAAGGGAGCACAUAAACAGCUGACUGGCAUGACAGGUGACUUAGUAUACUUGUAAUUGGUUUCAAAACCAAUACACUGUACUUCCUUUCUCCAAAUAGCCAUCUUUAUACUUAGGGAAAAAAUUUGUUGGGUUUUAGACUUUUUUAAUAUAAAUUGUGUUGAUAUGAAAUUCAGUUUAAGUGUUUAUGUGCAUAUGUUUUUAUAUAUAUAAGUUUUUUUCUAUUUAGUUUCAGUGAUCCAACUGGCAGUGAGUAAAUAUGGCGUAAGUUAAUGCUUUUCCCCAAAAUGGUGCUUUGGAUUUGAAAAGGGUCAGGUGGGGAGGAAGAGAGAAUGGCAUCCUGGUUCCUGUCUGGAUAACUCUAGAAAAUGAACAACCAGCUGUGGCUAGGGAAGAGGACGUCCAGCAGAGAGACAGUAUCAAGCGGGUGGCUGUGUGCCCUGUCCCAGCCCUGCAGAGGUGGGCUGCCUGGCUUCUCUGCAGCCAGUAGUUAGGGUCAGAAGCCUUCUGUGGACUCAUGUUUCUUGAGAAUGAGCCCACAGAGUAUACCAGAGACGGAUGAUCUCUCCUGGUUUGUGGGGACACUCGGAUUUAUGGUUUGCAUUUUUUUUAUGGUUCUCUCACUCCUUGUUCCCCUGGAGUUUUUCCAUUAGUGAGUUUUUGUGCAAGGAUCUGAGCUGUGACUUCUUUCUCCCCUAGAAAGGUUUUGUGCAGUAUGUUAGAUGAGAGACAGAAUACCAAGUAGAAAAACAAUGGCUGGUUCUAGCCCUGGGUGACAGUAUCGGGGCUGUGUCUUUCUCUUAGGCAUCUUCUGUCCUCUGAAAUGACUCUCCCAUCUCUUAAAAAUACCGAGAGAGAGCCUGUCUAGAAAUCCCUCCCUUUGUGGAAUAUUAUGGAUUGGGUUUUCUUCCCUUUGAGCUUUAGUGGGGAGAGUUUGCACAGAUACGUCUGAGUGAUGACCUCACUGCCAAAAUCCUGGAGGGCGUGGCAAAUACGAACGUGCCAGAACACCUCUUGAUGUAGCUCUCCUUUCUUUCUUACCUCCCGUGUCCUACGAUCGAAGCCACCCAUGGCACCACACCGUCUUCACAUAUGCUCACCUUUCAGAACUAGGGACCACUGCACUGCACUAGUAGGGGUGGGCACUGACAAAUGCCUGCUAUUCUUAAGCCAUUCCAACCUCUUCCUCAGAGUAGACCAGACCUUUAUUUAGCUCAGUGCCAGAAUUUUUGCCUUCCCAUCUCUGCAGUUAAUACUUGCUAUGCCCUUUCCGCAUUUCUUUUUAUUUUUUAAUUCUUCCCCAGUACUGGGGAUUAAACCCAAGGCCUUCUUCACACUGAGCUACAUCC